UCAUAAAAAAAAUCUGCAGUAGUUUUUUUCAGUUUCAUGAUGUUUGUAUUAUGUGCAUAGAAACAUUUAAAUACUACCUCUUCAGACUCUCGCGCGAAAGAUAUUGCAUAUGAUCGUAUGUAAAAAUACUUGAUCAUGGAUAAAAGAAAAUUAAAAUUCAAAGGCGGCUUGCAUAAAAAUUUAAUAGGAAGCCAAACAUCGUCAAGUAGUAGCUUGUCGCAAACUAAAUCUUUGACUGAACAGUUGCCAAGAAAUAAUAGUGUAUUAUUAGCCGGGAAAAUUUUUUCAACUCAAAGUCAGAACAGAUCAUCGGACGAAGAUAUUUUUUUAAGUAAACCACGUAAAAGAGAAGAAAAAAAUGAAGAGUCACGUAAACGCAAGUUGUCAUGUCUUACUUCGUCAAAAUGUGACAGUGAUGUUGAUUUAGGCUCUCCGUUGGCAGAAUCUACAGUUCUAAAAAGAAAACGAGAUAAUUCUGACAUUAUAUCAAGUAAAUGUGAAAGUAAUAAUAAAAAUUCAUCAAAUUUUUCAAUAACUACAGAAGAAGAUACCAAUGAAAUUUCUGUUGCAAAGUGUAAAUUUCUUGAAUUUUUACAUGAAUCAGGCAUUAAGAUAAAUCCAGUUGUUCCACAUGUACUUUAUAAAGAUGUUAUAAUUGUUCAAAAGAAAAUGAAAGAAUUAUUAAAUUCAAAAAAGUAUAAAAAAGAUGAGAUGAUUACCCUAAUGGAAAAAUAUUUUGAAAAUGAAGAGAAUCUUAAAAAUGCUUUAAGUGAUAUGGAAUUACUUAUCGAUGGUGAAGUGUCAAAUAUUUUACAUAGUUCAUCUCUUAUAAAGAUUCUGUUACAAGUUUCAGAACUACAUCCAGAAAUAUAUAGCAAUCUUUUGUCUAAACUUAAUGAAGCUGUACUUAUAGCUGAUUCCAUUGAAUCAGUACCUUGGGCUCUUCCAUUAUUACAACAGUUUCGCUUUUUAGAUGUUGUAAUUAAUUCUGAUGCCUUGGUCAAUAGCUUAGAACAACUUUUGGAAUCAUGUCCCUUAUGGUUUCAAAAUGAAUUAAUUAUAUUUUUACCUGAUAUUAUAUCUGAUAAACAACAUCAAGCCAUUGCUGAAAUUUUGAAUAAAAUAUUGGAAGAUAAUGCUGAAUUAAUAAAUUUAAUAUUGGAUUGUAUGACUAAUCUAAAUCUUGGAAAAGAAUUUUUGAAUGAAUACAAGGAAAAGACAUUAAAUUUAUUGAAAACAAAUGUUAAAGUAAAUGCAAUAUCAGCUAUUGUAAAGUUUGUUUUAGAAGAUUGUACAAACACAGAAAUUUUUGAAAAAACAUUAAAAGUAUUGCGCAAUAUUGAUAUACAACCUCUUGUUGGAGACAAAAUUGAAGAGUGUUAUCAAAACCAAUUAAAUAUUGUAAAUACAUUAAAAAUGAAUAUGCUUUUGUCAAAAAAUAUAGUAAAUGGAACUAUGAUAGUUAUAAAAGAUAUUACUAAAGAUCCAAAACCAUUAGAUAUAAUUCUUUUACUUCUUAUAUUUUUAACAACAGAAAUGAAAAGAAAAGCUGUUGAAACUAUAUUUAAACAACAUAUACGAUCUGGAUUUUAUAGAACAAGUUUAUUAAAUUUAUUGUAUAGUGAUUAUAAACAAGUCAUGCAAGAAUUGCAACCGACUGCAUUACAAAUAUCAAGUAAUUUGUUGAAAACAGAUGAACGUGUAUUUAUUGACUUUUCUACGGAUUGGUUGCGUUUGCAAUUUAAAUGUCAUAAAGAGAAUAUAUUUAAACAACGAGAAAUCUUGGAAAGAAUUAUAUUUCUUAUGGGUGAUUGUGAUCAAACAGUUAAAAAUACAUUGACAUUUCUUUAUAAAAUGGUAUUAAAACAGGAAGACAGACAAUGUUUAACAUCACACUGUAAUCAUCUUCGUAUUUUACUUGAGAAGAUGGAUAAUUUGAAUUUAAAAGAAGUUGGUACAUUGAAUGACUUAUUACAACAUUUAUGUACAAAUUCUAAUUCUAUAGCUGAUUCUCUACGUGAUGACUUAUUCAUAUUACUACAAAAACAACUAUCUAAUUUUAAACCAUUCACAAAAUGUAAAGGCGUUUUAGGAGCAGUAAUGGCAAUAAAACAUUUAAUGCAAAAAACAGAAGAAUCUGAUGCAGCAAAUUUAUUUAAGACAGUAUUAAGUAAUGUGAGGAAUUGUCCAAGAUCACAAGCUCUAUUUUAUGAUCAAUUAACUUGUAUCAUUUUACAAACUGAAAAUAUCAAUGCAAAGUUUAUAAAAAAUCUAACAAAUUAUAUUGAAGAAGAAUUCAUUAAUACAAAUAUGAUCAAUAAGUCAAGUUACAGAGGAACUUUAAUACCUAAAUUUGGAUUGAAUAGGGCUGAAAAUGAGUCACAAAAUUGUUUAACUUUUGAAGAUAAAAAAUAUGGUGCGAUUGUACCAAUUUCUUUCAAACUUCUUAGAACUUGUCAUAUUAAACUUAAUGAAAAUAAAAAUUUAGACGCCAUAGAUUCUCUUUUAGGAUGUGCAAUAUUAAUGCCGGAAGAUUUUGAUAUAGCAGAAAAUUCAGUAAUGGAUUUAGUAAUAUGUUGCAUUAAUUGGUUUCGCGAAGUAAUCAGUGGUUUUGUUACACAAAAAGAUUCUUUAUUACAAAAACAAGUAUUACAACGAUUAGAUAAUUUGAUAGAUUUACAAAGUGAAUUGAGUGUGUUAUUUUCUUUGUGUGACACAAAAUAUCAACCACCUCCAUGUUAUUUUCAUCAGUUUCCACUAUCACCAUUUGUAAGAAUAGAUAAAAAAGUUGGGAAAAAAGGAAAAAAAGAGAAAAAGAAACUCAAAGAAAAAUCUGUUAAUUUUAGUGAAAUUAAAGAUUGGGAAAUGGGUUCUUUCAUAUGUUCUAAAAAUCCAACUUAUUUUAGAAAAUUUGAUGCAACGAUAGUACAUCUAUUAGAUAUAAAAAUGGAAAUGGAUACAACACAAUCUGUACAACAUAGUAUUUCCAUAAAACGAGUAUGUUUUAUUGUAAAAGAGCUUCUAGGUAUCUUUGAGCAUGAUAGUAAUGAAAAAUUUUUAAAGGAUUUAAUUGAAUUAUUACCAAAAAUUUGCACAAAAUUACAAGAUAUUAUAAAUAUUUUAAGAGAAAAAAGUGAAAGUCGAAGUAGAGAAGCUGUUCGAUUAUUGUUGUGUCUUCUAACAAAAAUUUUUAAUUGGAAAGGAUUUGAAAGUGUUACUUAUAACAUAUUAUUACGAGAGGGUCUACGAAUUUUAGCAAGUCAACUCGAUGAAAGAAAUAUUACAUUAAGAUCGUGUAAAGAACUUGUUACAGAAUCUUGCAAAUAUUUCGAGUCCUUAUCUGAUAUUGCUACACAAAUAACAUUAUCAAUUUCAUUGAUUAAUGUGUGUCAAUCAUUAAUGAAACAUUCUGAAUCUUAUAUUAAAGAAAAUAAAGAAAAAUAUGCAAAAAUAGCAUUUGGAUUCUUGUGCCUUCAGUGGCCAGAAGACAAUCAUUCUAGCACUCAAUAUAAAUCUGCUGUAAUUGAAUUAUUAAAUAAUUGGAUUAAUAACGAACCACUACCAUUACAAACAGUUACUUCAAUUUUGGAUUGGUUACCAAAUGAAACUUCAAAAUUGGAGAAACCUCAAAGUAGCUUAAGUAGAAUACCUUCAAUAUCAAGAAGUAACUUUCAUUUUUUAUUUAAAAAAAUGUUUGAUGGUUUAAUUAAUGGUAUAAAAACAGCUUUGCAAAUAGCUGAUAGAGAUCCCAAAAGAAUAGAUUUGUGGUACGAAGUAGCAACAAAUGUACAAAAGUUAGUUCAGAUAUGUAAAACAUUAACAACAAAAAGUAAUAUAUUGAUAUUUUUAAAACAUAUGCCUAUAUUAUUGAAAUCUUUUUUAAAUCUUGGAAUGCCAAUUCUGGAGCAUAAUUUAAAAUAUCAAACAGAAGAAGUAACUAAAAUAUUAAAGAUGAUGCAAGGAGGUACACGAUAUUUACACACAAUAUGUUGUGAUACUGCUGAAAAAAAAGAUCUCACAUUAAUGAAAUAUAUUCCUGCAGCAAAAUCUAUAUUAGAAAGAUUAAUUUACAGUGUAAAAGGAAUGUUAGUUCUUAAUAACAGCCCUGCUGCUUUUUGGAUGGGUAAUCUUGUUAACAAAAACUUAGAAGGUCAAGAAAUUCUUUCUCAGAAUUUAUCAUCAGAAGAAAGUUCUGUACCAAAUUCUAAUAUAACUGAUGAUGCAGAUGUAUCAUCAGACAUAUUAGAAAGUGAUUCUAGUGAUGAUCUUCUUGAUGAAGAUAGUAUACCAUAAUAUUUUUUGUAUGAAAAACUUAAAAAAAGAAUUUUACCAAACAUAAACACUAUAAAACAAUAUCUUUGUAAUAACAGAUUUAUAUCUUUUAUAGACAUUUCAAUUAUGUACAUUUAACAGUAUAUUAAUUGUUUGGAAUUGAUAAUAUAAUUAACAUAAAAUUAACUAUUAACUAUAAUUAACAUGGAAUACUAUUUAUAAUUAUUACUAUUAAUCUUUACAUUAAUUUAUUAUUAAAUAUUUGGCGUUUCCACGUUAAAUCUGGCAUAAGUGUUUCUUCAACAAAUGUUAAUUCAUUAUUUCCAUUAACCAACAAUAUAGAAUGAGUUCGUGUACAAUAUUCAUCAGCUGAUACAAAAAUUGAACUGAGUUCUUUGUAUUUUGUUGGACAACGUUUUUGCAAUUCAGGAUCUGGUAAAUAUCUAUGAAUAUGAAAAUAACAUAUAUUAAUAACAACAUAUAAUAUAUAAUUCUUUAAAAAAUUA